AUGAUAUGUGCUAACAAAUUUAUCAAAGACGAAUGCUUACGCGAUGAUGGCCGACCAUUUACUGUGUUAACAGACUACUUUAACAAUCGUAUUCACUGUAAUAGACAAAACAACAAUGAUUCAAUAUCUGAUGAUCCCGAUAAUUACAAUGCUUGUACAGCCCGUCCGCCUAUCUGGAUUUUUCUAACGUAUAAUAAAAAUGAUUACACUGUUUUGCGUUAUGCAUGCAAACUAAAUACUAAAUAUUACAGUGAUGACCCAGACACUUUAGACCCAAACAGAAGUCGAAGAUACAUACAUUUUAAUCCUCCAUAUCCAAUUAACGGCAAUAUUAUUUACUCCGUAGCUCCUAGUGGUCUAUGGAUUCAGUUAAUCAACACAAACUUUUAUUAUCCGUUAAAUAAUUUAAGUGUGUACGCAUCUACAAUUAGAGGGGUUAACUAUCAGAUAUUGACACCAACAUACGGUUAUAACAGCAAUUGUACAAAUAUCGUUUACGAUGUUAACAGUGAUUAUUCUGAUGUUGAUCAUUUCAAAGUAUUACUCAGUAACUUAAUCUGGUGUAAUGUUAAGAUAAAUUAUACAAUAUGGGAAAAAUGCAGUACUUUUAUCACAAACUAUCAAAAAUACCGUCCACUAAAUGUUAUUAAUAAAUGUUAUUCAUGUAAAUUAUAA